UGCGCGCACCUUGCAGUGGUGCAUGGCGUCAGACGAGGACACUGGCAGGGAAAGAGAGGGCAGCAAACCUAAAAAGAAGCGGGUCUGUGCCCCUCAGAAGAUCAUGACAAAAUAUCAAGAGCAGUGGCCAUGCCUUCGCCCCUCUAAACUGCCCAAUCAUGCCUUUUGCACUUUGUGUAAUUAUGAUUUUGACAUUGGCCAUCAAGGAGCUACAGACUGUCGACGGCACGUGGAGGGGAAAAAACAUUUAAAAAUUGUGGCUGCUACAGACUCGGUGCCUAGAAUUAACUCAUUCUUCGUACAACCACAGGAUUUGAGACCAAUCCACGCAGAAACCCUUUACACUACAUUCAUUGUAGAACACAAAUUGCCAUUAGCUGCUGCAGACCAUGCUGGACCACUGUUUAAGAAGAUGUUCCCUCAUAGUGAGAUAGCCAAACAGUAUGGCUGUGGCAGAACUAAGACUGCUGCCAUAGUAAAAUACACUGGCCUGGCAUGACAAUGAGUGCAUUACAGAAGCAAUGAAGCAAUCUCCAUACAGCCUUGCUACAGAUGGGAGCACAGAAAUGGAUGACAUAAAAAUGUACCCCAUUGUAGUGAAGAUGUUUAAUGCCAGUCUUGGUAGGGUAGUUGUGAUGUUGCUCAAGAUUUGUGAAUCAAGAGAGUCUACAGGGAGAGCAAUAUUUGAAUUGCUUGAUGGUAAACUGACAAAGAGAGGCAUACCAUGGUCAAAUUGUGUCAGCCUUGCAGCUGACAAUGCUGCAGUUAUGCAAGGCUUAGGGAAAGGUGUAGCAGCUUUUUUGAAGGCACAACAUCCGCAUAUCUACCUAGUUGGUUGUCCUUGCCACCUGAUACACCUAGCUGCAGAGAGGGCAUCCAGGCAGCUUAGUGUGAACAUCGAAGACUUCCUCAUUACCAUCUAUUACUAUCUAGACAAAAGCAGCAAGAGGAAGUCGAGCCUACGUGAUAUUCAAAUCAUGUGUGACACAGAGGUGAGGAAGAUCCUCAAGCUGGCCUCCACAAGAUGGCUGUCUCUGGGGCAGUGUGUGAACCGUUUACUGCAACAGUUGGAUGCUCUUACUGUUUUCUUUGGUAAUGAGUUGGAUGCAGGAAAGAAAAAGAGGACAAAGUCCCCAGGUUCCUCCAAUCUGCCAAAGCUUCCACCUGGUCCUACCCAGAAGCCUAAAGCCACACCCUCCACCAGCAUGCCAGCUACAGUGCCUCCCAAGCAAUCCUCCUCCUCCUUAUCCAAAGCCAGGGCAACUUAGAGCUGAAGCC